CUUCUACCCUGCUUGCUUAAGUGUAGAAUCAAGCUUAAUUUCUGUUUUGUUUUUAAGUGUUUUGCCUUCCUGAUAACCUCUGUAUUGUUUCCCAAGAUUUAAUUUUCCUCUGAUUGCUUCUGUUGUACUGAUCUAUCUCCCAAAUGCAGAAGGAAGCCCCCUGAGUUUCCUGCGGAGUUAGAGUUCGAUACCAAUCACUGCUCUGUUAUCAAAGCUAGAACUGAGCAGGAUCACGCAACCUCCUUUGAAAAUUGGUGUAACAGUGAUGGGCAGCUCACUGCGCAAUCUGCAAAGUCUCUACCAGCGAUAUCCCAAGAACUGGCAGAAGGUGCCACUCACAACUUAAUUGAACCAAGUCUGUUUCCACUUCUUCAAGUUUUACACGCAAGUCGUAAUUAUUCGGAAUUGGUAGACUUCUCGGUUUCCAAACCGAAGCUCGAUCCAGCUGCAGGCCCGAGAAUUCUAAUGCAGAAUCGGAAUCCGCUCCUCGCUGAGCAUUCCCUCUCUGUCCCAGUGGAAACGGAUGAGGACCUGGAGCCAGAUUUGGAAAAUGAUGACAUGUUCAGUCGUAAAACUGGUGCCUUCUGCGCCACUCCUGACCUGAAACCUUUCCAUGCUCAGGAGCGAAGCAGCAUUGGGUUGAGUGACUCGGUUGAAAAACUUGUUGCUCAAGAAAGAAGAGACAAGACUGUGAUUCCCGAUCCGGAAAAGGAUGAUGUGAUUAUCAGGAAAGAGCGAGAUUUUCAAACCAAGCCAUCGUUGCCUUCAGGUGCACCUGAUAUAUACCAUCCCGUUCCUUUCCCAGAUCCGUCAACUUUGCCAGAGUCACUCCGUUCAAAGUUCCUUUGUCCACCAGAGCGAGCCUCAGAAGGACUGGAAGAAACGACCACUGACAGAGGUGCAUUGCCAUGCCCAGUAAAAGAUGACAUGCUGUCUCGGAGAAUGGCUCUGUCCCAGGCUAAUAAACCAGUGCAAUCUUGUAACUUUGCUCCUGCCUCUUGUAGCGAGGAUGAUGCAAAGAAGUGGGAGACAAUAAGGGAGGCCAGCAGAUUAAGAUACAAGAAGCGUCAGCUGGUUGAGAGGUUAGGGCGUGGUGGAAGAGUCCGUGUUAUCCCUGCCUGUAAGGCAAAUGGGGCAAGUCCCUGCAAUAAUAAUUAAGUCAUGCAUGAAGUGUAAAUAUUUGGAGUUUCUGUAUUGCUGGUUUGUUUUAGUAUGUAGAGUUACAUAUUGGCCCAUUUGGCUUUGCCAUGGGCAAGCAUGACAAGUCAAUUUAACAAACUCUUAACUUCCAUUGGUUAUUCCGGAAUUAACAUCUCAACAUUUGGAUGGCAAAAUUGCUGAUGGCUGGACGCUGUCAUGAUUUUUGACUGCUGCAUUUAGAAAUGCAUAUACGAGGAAAUCUGCAGAUGCUGGAAA